CAGGCACAGUCCUAAUCUGUUCUCUGAAGCCGUAGUAGGGGAUGCUGCUCUGUUUCUCUCACAUCUCUCUCGUUUCCCUGGAUACCGCUGUGUUUACGGGAUGUUCGUAUGAAGAGGUGUAAUUACAGAAUGGAUGUUAACUCUUCUGGGCAGCUUCAGGCUCACUACGAGGCAUAGCUGACCAGAGAGAAUCCAUCACCUCCAGCCUGCUUUCCCCCGACACACGCACUGUGGAGAACCUCACCAGACCACGAGCCCUUCUAGACCCUCACCAGAGCACCAGCUGUUUUCCUGUUUUAGAACCUUAUCUGUAAAUAACCACAACCGAAACCAGGACUCGCUGAGACGUUUAGCCUUUAAAGAAAUACAAACAUGGCCGACCCAUACCAGAACAACGCGUACGACCAAGGGGGCGGAGACAGCUACGGCACCUACGGCGAAGGGGGGGGCCAAGACGGCUACGGUUACCAGGGCGACUACCCUUCCCAAGAGGAGGACGGGGCGAGCGACGCCACAGAAGGCCACGACGAUGAGGACCAGAUGUACGAAGGGGAGUACCAGGGGAUCCCCCACCCUGACGAGGUGAAGGCGGCCCAGCGUGCAGCCAGGGCCAAGGCCCGCGCGGCGGCAGGGGCUGGGGGGGAGCCCACGGAGCUGGAGGAGCUGGCAGAGCAGUACGAGGACAUCAUGGAGGACUGCGGGCACGGACGCUUCCAGUGGACGCUCUUCAUCGUGCUGGGGCUGGCGCUCAUGGGCGACGGCGUGGAGUGCUUCGUGGUCGGAUUCGUCCUGCCCAGCGCCGAGAAGGACAUGUGCCUCUCUAACUCAGAGAAAGGCAUGCUGGGUCUGAUCGUGUUCCUGGGCAUGAUGGUGGGGGCGUUCCUCUGGGGGGGCAUGGCCGACAAGGUGGGCCGCAGACACUGCCUCAUCAUCGCCCUGACCAUCAACUGUGUGUUCGCCUUCCUCUCCUCCUUCUCCCAGAGCUACAGCUUCUUCCUCUUCUUCAGGCUCUUCUCUGGGAUCGGGAUCGGUGGCACCGUGCCCAUAGUCUACUCCUACUUCUCAGAGUUUCUGCAGAUGGACAAGCGAGGCGAGCACCUCAGCUGGCUCUGCAUGUUCUGGAUGGUGGGAGGAAUCUACGCCUCCUUCACUGCCUGGGGAAUCAUCCCCCGCUACGGCUGGGGAUUCAGCAUGGGCACAGAGUUCCAGUUCCACAGCUGGAGGGUGUUUGUGUUGGUGUGUGCCCUCCCUGCUAUCGCAGCCUUGGUGGGACUCAUGUUCAUGCCCGAGAGCCCUCGCUUCCUGCUGGAGAAUGCCAAGCACGAUGAGGCCUGGAUGAUCCUGAAGCAGGUGCACGACACCAACUGGAGGGCCAAGGGCCAACCUGAGAAGGUUUUCCAGGUGACCCACAUCAAAGCACCUAAGACUCAGGAGGAUGAGUUCAUAGAGAUCCAGAGUGCCACAGGAACGGCGGUUCAGAGAUGGGCUGUCCGCACCGGAACGCUUUGCAAACUGGUGCUGAAGAACGUGGCAUCCCUGUUUUCCCCCAGCCUGAGACUCAGCACACUGUUCAUGGCCAUCAUCUGGUUCACCAUGGCCUUCAGCUACUACGGGCUGUCCGUGUGGUUCCCUGACAUGAUCAAGCACCUGCAGCAUGAGGAGUACGAGUCAAAGGUCAAGGUGUUCCACGGAGAGAAGGUGGAGAAGUUCCACUUCAACUUCUCCCUGGAAAACCAGAUCCACAGGGAGGGAGAGUACAUCAACGACAAGUUCAUCAAGAUAGAGAUGAAGUCUGUAAAGUUUGAGGAUUCACUAUUCGAAGAUUGUUACUUUGAGGACAUCAGGUCCACAGAUACAAUCUUUGAGAACUGCACCAUCCGCUCUACCAUCUUCUACAACACAGACUUGUGGGAGGGGAAGUUCAUCAACUGUAAGCUGGAGAACACGACGUUCGAGCAGAACAAGAAGGGCUGUCACCUGGACAUGGACGAGGACAAUGACGUGCUCAUAUACCUGGUCAGCUUCCUGGGCAGCCUGGCUGUUCUGCCCGGCAACAUCAUAUCCGCCCUGUUCAUGGAGAAGAUAGGCCGGGUCAAGAUCAUAGGGUUCUCCAUGUUGGCUUCGGCCGGCUGCACCUUCUUCCUGUUCCUGAGCUUCAGCCAGGCAGCCAUCAUCGCCUGGCAGUGCCUGUUCUGCGGUGUCAGUGUGGCGGCCUGGAAUGGCAUCGAGGUCGUCACCGUGGAGCUCUACCCCACCUCCAAAAGAGCGACUGCAUUCGGCGUCCUGAACGCCCUGUGUAAGCUGGCAGCCAUCUUGGGAAGCUCCAUCUUCGCCUCGUUUGUGGGCAUCACCAAGGUCGUGCCGAUCCUCCUCUCCUUCACCGCGCUCAUCUGCGGAGGGCUGGUGGCACUCAAGCUGCCUGACACCCGAGGGAAGAUCCUCCAGUGAGAACAGCUCCAAGGUCAAAGAUUAAAGGUUGAUGCCAAGAGCAA